AAUCAUCUACACACACACAGAGAGAGAGAGAGAGGGAGCGAGUCGGGUUGUGAAACAGACGGAGAGAGGAUGUGAAUGAGUGCAGUGAGAGAGGAACGGGUCUCCGCUGUGGGAUUUAUUCGCUGGGAGGAUGAAAGGGAACGCUGUGAUUCCGCUGUGAGGUCGCGCGCGGCGCCGUUUUCCGUUCCGUGCGAGCGGUGAUCCUGGAGAGAGAGAGAGAGAGGGAGAGAGAGAGAUGGCUGCGGUCCAGCGACUCUCCGGCCUUCCUCCGUGUCUCUGAGCGCCGCCGCCGCUGCUGGAUGUGUCCCGGAGACCCGCCGCCGCCGCGCCUCGUGUUCCUCCGGGGAUUUUUACCACCACCAUCACUAUCACUAUCAUUAUUAUUAUUAUUAUUAUUUUCUUUGUAUCAUUAUUUCUCUCCUUCCUUCAUCUAUGGAAUGUACACAAGUGUUCCAGUCUGGAUAGGAGUUUAUUAUGACCGGGGGCAAGAUGUGGGUGUUUGGGAAAUUGGUAUCGAUACGUUGAGGCCCUUGUUUCCCCUACUCCCCACCCCCUGGAAGUCUGAGCAAUCAGACGUUGCAGUGACCGACUCGGGGAGCUGGCACUAAAAUGUCCCUAAGUGGUGGCACUGCAGGCGGGAAAGGUGUGGACUCGAAUGCGGUGGACCCUUACGACAGCGGUGAUGAGUGGGACAUCGGCGUCGGCAAUCUGAUCAUCGACCUCGAAGCUGACUUAGAGAAGGACAAACUCGAGAUGUCUGGCUCCAAGGAAGCGGGUGGAAUGGCAGCUCCACCCAGCGCUGUCGCUGCUUUGCCCGACAAUAUCAAGUUCGUGAGCCCCGUCGGCGCCCCUCAAGGCAAAGAGAGCAAAUCGAAAUCGAAGCGCAACAAGAACUCCAAGGACAAUAGUACCAAGUCUCCAGCAGGAGACGCCGUGAAAAAAGAGCACCCGGGACGAACUCAAGUGGAGGUUACCGGUACGACGGGUAGUUCCGGAGGCGCCGGGAACGCCACGCCUGGCAAAGGCAUGGAGAAGGGUGGGAAGGCGCCCCGCAGCGUACCAAAUAGCAAAAAGGACAAGGAGGUAUCGAGCGGGAAAAACAAGAAAGAUAAAAGCGAAGGCUCGGUCGCCGUGGUCGCGAUCGAGAAGGAGGUAGCUUCGAACGCUCAAGCACUUGGGAACAAUACGCGCAGCACCUCUUUCGACAGUACGCAGAACGUGGACAUGGCCGUGACCGAGCCACAUGGGAAUAACACCCUGGAAUCUGUUGGAAUAGUACCGUUGUCCAUUAAAUCGGAACCCGAGGACAUGGAUAACGGCGAGUGCCGAGCAUUAAAGAAAGUGAAAAAUGAAAAGAUGGAGUCUCCGGUCUCUACACCGGCCCCGCCUCCGCUCCACCUUUUAGCCUCGGUGGGUAACAGCGAUAUCGCCUCGCCGUGUGAGCAGCUGAUGGUGCGGACGCGCUCGGUGGCGGUCAACACCUCCGACGUGGCGCUGAGCACAGAACCCGAGUGCCUGGGGCCCUGCGAGCCCGGAACGAGCGUCAAUCUGGAGGGCAUCGUGUGGCAAGAAACCGAGGACGGCAUGCUGGUAGUUAACGUGACAUGGCGGAACAAAACGUACGUCGGAACGCUGCUGGACUGUACGCGCCACGACUGGGCUCCGCCAAGGUUCUGUGAAUCUCCCACAAGUGACUUGGAAAUUAGGCCUGGGCGUGGUCGAGGUAAGAGAAUGCGUCCCAACAGCAACACCCCAGUCAAUGAGAACAGCAACUCCUCUGAUAACAAGGGCAGCAACAGUAGCAAGACUAGAGCCGGCUCCAACAGCAAGGCUCGACGUGGCAGUCAGAACUCCUCUGAGCGAAGGACCCCACCCAACAGCAACACCGAGGAUGUCAAAGCCAGCCCUUCGUCAGCCAGCAAGCGGAAGAACAAGCCUGUUUCUGACAUGGAGCCCAACUCCAGUUCUGAGGACACUAAAGGCAACAAGCGUAUGCGCACUAACUCUAAUAGUGUAGUAACUUCUUCCGGACUCUCGCUCCCCACCAUAAAGACUGAAUGUCUUCCACCUCCCCUAGACCGCAAUUGCCCCUCACCAGUACUUAUAGACUGCCCAUACCCCAACUGCAACAAGAAGUACAAGCACAUCAAUGGCCUGAAGUAUCAUCAGGCUCGUGCUCAUAAUGACGAUGAUAUUAAGCUGGACAUGGACGGGGACAGUGAGUAUGGGGAGGACUCCUCUCUCCACCCUGAGCCAGGGAGUUGUAAUGGGGCCUCAGUUUCACAGAAAGGGUCCCUUUCGCCAGCACGCUCAAUCACUCCAAAAGGAAGAGGAUUUGAUGCACACAGUUCAUCUCCUUCCCCAGGGAAAUUUGGCUCCAAGCCUAAGAAGAAGAACGGAGAAACGGAUGCGGAUGCUUGUGGCAUUCCAAUGGAUGGCUGUGAGGAUGGGCCUUCUCUCACUGAUGAUGCCAGUAAUGAUGGCAUGGAGGAUAAGAAGUCCAAAAAGUCUAGUACCAAGCCUGAUAAGCUGGCUCAGAAGAACAUGAAACCCUCCAGGCCAGUGGCUCCAGGCAUGCCCUCUCAGCAGAUUUACUCUCUACAGCCAACGCAGUUUAGCUCCGGGAGUCCCAACCAUCCCCCAGGAAUGAGUUUGAUGAUUCAAGGCAUCCCCAAAAGCCCCCAGCUUAAAGGCAUUCAGCCAAAGCCAGGUGUGCCUGGAGACUCAUCCCCAAUGAACCAGGUUCUCGCGAGCUCCAAGGACAAAAAGAAAAAGGACAAGAAAAAGAAGGAGCCUAGUAAAGAGGGAGACAGCCCCAAGCCUCCAGGUAAAAGCGGGAAGACCGAAGAUGGGAAGAGCCCUUACUCCGAGUCCUCUGAUCCUGGAAGCAGAAGUGAAGGCCAUCUAAAUGGUUCUUCAGACCUUCACCAGAGUCGCUUAGCUAGCAUUAAGGCUGAGGCAGACAAGAUCUACAGCUUUACAGACAACGCUCCAAGUCCAUCAAUUGGCGUGGCCAGUCGUAUGGACAGCAGUGGGCAGCCUCUCGCUCCUCUCCAUGUUGUUACUCAGAAUGGGGCUGAUAAUUCUUCGGUGAAGACGAACAGUCCUGCAUACUCUGAUAUCUCUGAUGCUGGAGAGGACGGUGAGGGAAAAGUGGAGGGUGUAAAAACCAAGGUAGACGAUCAUUCUGUGAGGGAAGGCGCCAAAAAGGCCCUCUUUCCAUCUCAGGCAGCCAACAAAGAGUCACCUUAUUAUGCUAGCUAUGACAAUUACUACUCUCCGAACUACACUCACCCUAGCCCUGGUGGUGCUACGACUGGUGGUCCACUGCCAGAUGGCCAAACUGUAAAGGUAAAGAAAGAGGAAGAGCCAGAGUUGAGCGAAGAGAAGGUAAAGCCGGAGGUUCAGGAGGAACGUAAAGCAGACACUGCCCCCAACCAGCCGCAGCAGCAGCAGCAGCAGCAGCAACAAGCCUCAGUCAUCCAGCAACGGCCCAACAUGUACAUGCAGCCUCUUUACUACAGCCAAUAUUACGUUCCCCCCUACGGUUACCCAGAUCAGGUGUAUCACAACCAUCUUAUGAACACUAAUCCAGCCUACAGGCAGCAGUAUGAAGAAAGGCAAAGACUGAUGGCAGAACAGCACAGAGCAGCCAAGACCGAGGCAGGCAUGAAAGACAGAGAACCCUCCAUGAAGGACGACUGGAAACAAAAGGGUCCUGUUCCCCCUGGACUCACAAAAGCCCCCAGUCUGUCUGACCUGGGAAAGCCACAGGCGCCCAGCAAGCAGAGGGACCAGUCUUCUGAGCCACCCAAGUCUGUCAUCAUCCCGAAAGGGGAGGAGUCAAAGCUCCAGCCCCAGCAGGCUGAAGGCUUAAAGGUGAAGCUGAGUGAAGGUGGCCAUCAUGGCAAAGAGGACUCCAGUAAACAGGGAAUGGAGUCAGCCAGACCAGGCAUGGAGCAGGCAGUGUGGUACAGACAGUACCCUGAGAACCAGAGGCAGGUCGAGGAGGAGCGAGAGCGUGACCGAGAAAGGAAAAGCAAAGAUGAGAGAUCGCGGACUAAGGAGUCAAGUGCCAAAGAGGAGAGCAAGGACAACACUGAUCGUUUGUCUGUUCCUACCUCUGAGGACUACCGGGGUGCAGGGAAAGACCCUCGGUCAAAUGCUCACAUGUCUUUCUCUUCUGCGUUGGCCCAGCAACAACCCUACAUGCACUACAUGCAUGGAUAUCCGUAUGGGCAAGGCUACGACCCCAACCAUCCUGGAUACAGAGGAAUGCCCUCGGUCAUGAUGCAGAACUACGCAGGUUCUUAUCUACCCGCCGGUUACCCGUUCUCUCCUUACGGCGGUAAGAUGGGCGGAGGAGAGGAAGGAGAGAAAUCUCGCUCAAGUCCUACAGUCAGCAGCAAGUCGUCCUCUGAAGCCAAAGCCCUGGACAUCCUGCACCAACACGCCAACCAGUACAAGAGCAAAUCGCCCACGGUCAGCGAUAAGGGAUCACACGAGCGAGAGCGAGCAGUCGCAGAGAGAGAAAGAGAAAGGGAGCGUGAAAGAGAGCGAGAAAUGGAUCGACCCCGUUCAUCUCCCUCACAGAGAAUCAUGCAGUCUCACCACCACCUGGGCUACCCACUAGUACCUGGCCAGUACGACCUGUCCUAUGCCACAGGUCUCCCCUCAUCAGCUAUCGUUGCCAGUCAGCAGGCAGCAGCCCCCUCCCUCUACCCACCAGCACGGAGGUGAGAGCGGGAGACGUGGCUGACUCGACCUCAUCUUUACAAAUACAUGUGACUGGAUCACAUGGGGAAGUAUAUGGAGUUCAUUUAGACAUCAGUUGAAUGGUGUUUCUAUAUUUUUAGUUUUGGGAUUUUUUUUUUUUUUCUGCCGGAAUGUGUGGCAGAGUGACGUUUUCUUAGCAUCCGUACCUCGUUACCCCACUGAGGACUGUGAGACCAGGUUCAAAGCCAUCCUGUUGCCCCACCUCGCCCAGCCGGCUACUGAACUCUCUCUCUCUCUCUAUUGCUCUGUGUGUGUGUGUGUGUGUGUGUGUGUGUGUGUGUGUGUGUGUGUGUGUGUGAGAACUAGCGAAGAGUCAUUUUGGGGGGAAAACCUCUACUCGUGAGAAUGUUGGACUGUAGAACACUCCCACGGACAGGUUGUGGUCGGGCGAUCCAGAAAGAAAAAAAAAAGACUGAGCUAUAUUAUCAUGAUGAAAUGGUUGACGUUGGUAUUUUGUUUUUGGGUUUAUUAAAUUUUUUUUUUUUUUGGUUUGGUUUUUUUUAGUGCACAUCCUCGUCCUCUCUGAAGCGUCUGUGACUUUUCACAACAGCUGCGUUUUAAAUUCCCUAAACGUGUCUCAUUAUUGGUGGCAGUUUGCCACACGCCUCAAGACUGCUUUGUAUUUUUAUUUUUUUAUUGUUUGUUUCAUUUUCAGGAGGGUCAGGGGGUUUUUUGUUUGUUUGUUUGGGGUUUUUUUGCCCCCCAUCUAGAUUACACUUCACACAGAGGAAAUCCCAGCGUCUGUCUGUCUGUUUAAUACGUUCGGUUUCAAUUUGAAGUUCACGGAUCAGGGUGGACUUUCGUUUUUGCGCAAGUAUUUAUUAAAGUAUCAGGCUGGUCGUGCUCAUCCAGUCCUGCAGAAGCAGUGUUGACCGUGUUGGACAUGGAGGUCAUGCAGAAUCAGAUGAAACCCAGCGAAACAUCUCGCCUCAUGCUCAGCUCAACCAGGCAUCACUAAGCUGCUAUAUUUCUCAAGGUCUUUCAUUUUGGUUUUCCAUCUCUCUCUGUCUGUCUCUGCACUGUCAGACGUACUAACUCUCUUAAAUCGACUAGUCAGUGAUGUGACGACACGUAAUGUUUUUUAUGAUGCAGUGUGUCACCUUUCGGGGAAGUUUAGUUAGUGAUGCGUGUCGUUGACGUGAUGUGCUGCUCUACCGUGCUGCAAAAGUGUCGGAGCUUGAUUUUUUUUUUUUCUUGUGGGUUUUUUUUUUUUAAAUAAUAUUUUAUUUUCGUAAAUUCCACCCCUUCCCUUUUUUAUGAUAGAUAUAUAUAAAAGCAGGCGUGUGUUGUGGCUCAGCAUGGUGUCCUAUAGCACUAGAAAUGUGACUGUCUUUUCUCAGGCGAAGCUUUUCAUUUAUGUUCCUUCCCCCCCCCUUGACGGUUUUUGUAUUGCUGUCUUGCUCUGCACACACACACACGCAACGUGGUGUCUGUAUAUGAUGUACAGAGGAAUUAUUUUAAAAGUGCGACUGGGGAACCAUCAGUUUUUAUGGUGUUCAGUGCUUUAUAAGAUGUUCUACAACUUUGAGGUCUCUGCUUUUUUUUUUUUUUGCGCUCCUCCUCUUCCCUUUAACUCCUCUGUAUUGAUGUUGUAACACUUUUUUUUUUUUAAAUCAAAGUCUCAGCAGGGUCCAUUCCUGUUAACACAAGCAUCAGGACUCCAGGCUUUAUUCACACCCAAAAUAUCAUUAUAUAAAUCUUUGUGAAAAUCCCAGCAGGGUUUUUUUUUUUGUUUGGUUGGUUCACGAAUACACGCGUGCUUUUCUGUAUCAAGUCCUCAAGCUCGUGAAAUUCUUCAGCAGUGCACUGCGAUGAAACGCAGUCAACUGACACGGAGCUACAUUGCGAAUUUUUUUUUAUCCUCCACCCAAAAGCCACUAGAAUAGAUUUCCAGGUGCAUUUAGUUCAGCUUAACUGACACGAUGCAAUAAGGUGUAAUGAGUUUCUUCAUCACCCGGCCUCCUGUCUCCCGUCCUCUGUACAUCCUCUCGAAUGGUGCUUGACCUUUGAUGAUCUCUGUCGUGAAAGCUGUGCACUUUUGCAUGGUUUGCAUCAUUCUUCACACUGGACUCCCACCUUCUUCCGGAACCAAGCUCCGCCCCCAUCUCCGGCCCAGCGAGACCGUUCCUGUAAAGUAUCAGUAUAUCACUGGUACUAAAAGGAUGUUUACAUUUAUUUUUUUUUUUUUUUAAUGGUUGCGUUUUAAAUGAUUCCUCGGCUGUGUCACUCGGAUCCUCCAGCUUCCUCCUGGACUGUCCUCUUAUAUGUAAAGUGUACAUUAUCAUGUUUCUUUUUUUUUUUUAUACAAUACUGCAAC